AUGAACAUCACUCUCCUACAACCACCACCACCAUCACCAAUCUCAACCUCUCACCAACCCCUCGCACUUCACCACCACCGCACUUCUUCUUCUCCGUUCAACUUCCCCAAAACCACUACCUCCAACUCUUUUGUGUUGAACUCCACAAACCCCUCCUCACUCUCCGCAACAUCAAAAUCAGAACCACGCGACCAAAAGCUUCUUACACUUUUACAACAGAGAAAAACCGAAGAAGCUUGGAUUGCUUACACUCUCUCCGCUCACCUCCCUAACCCCACUUGCCUCAGUCGUCUACUCUCCCAGCUUUGUCACCAAAACACCCCCACUUCCCUCACGCGCGCCAAGUCUAUCCUCACGCGCCUCCGUAAUGAAUCCCAGCUUCACCGCCUCGACUCCAACUCCCUCGGCCUCCUCGCGGUUGCCGCUGCUAAAGCUGGUCAUACCCUCUACGCCUCCUCUGUUGUCAAAUCCAUGCUCCGCUCCGGGUAUCUCCCUCAUGUCAAAGCAUGGAGCGCUGUUGUAAGCCGGCUUGCUUCUGAUGAUGACGCUUCCGGUCCCGUUGAGGCUCUCCGUCUCUUCCAUUCAGUCACGCGCCGGCUACGUAAGCUUCCCGACCUUAACAUGGCGGCGGAUUCGCGGCCGGAUACGGUUGCCUUCAACGCGGCACUUAAUGCAUGUGCUAAUUUGGGGGAUGGUAAGAUGUUCUUGCAGGUGUUUGAUGAAAUGUCGCAGUUUGGUGUUGUGCCGGAUUCUUUUAGUUAUAACAUUGUUAUGAAGCUGUGUUGUGGGAGUAAUAGAAAAGACUUGCUCGUGUUUGUGUUGGAGAGGAUUCUUCAGUUGAAUAUCGGUUUGUGUAUGACUACUUUGCAUUCUCUUGUUGCUGCUUAUGUUGGUUUUAAUGAGUUGGAAACUGCUGAGAAAAUUGUUCAGGCAAUGAGGGAAAAAAGGAGAGAUCUUUGUAGUAUACUUAGAGAGUCUAAUUCAAACUAUUCUGAUGAAAAUAAUGUUGAUGGUGAUGAUGACGUUGAUUCUGUUUUUCAUAAGUUGCUUCCGAAUUAUAUGAUGGAGAAGAGUGGCAAUGGAAGUGUGAAUGAUUCACCUUUAUUGCCCAAAGUUUAUACGCCCGACACUAGAAUUUACACCACACUAAUGAAAGGUUAUAUGAAGGCAGGGCGUGUUACGGAUACUGUGAGAAUGCUUGAGGCAAUGCGUUGUCAGGACGAUAGUGCCAGUCACCCUGACCAUGUUUCCUAUACCACCGUUGUUUCAGCACUUGUGAAGGCUGGUUUUAUGGACCGGGCACGUGAAGUUCUUGCUGAAAUGACUAGAAUCGGCGUGCCUGCAAAUCGGAUAACCUACAAUAUUCUCCUAAAGGGUUACUGUAAUCAGCUCCAGCUGGUUGAGGCAAGGGAGUUACUUAAGGAGAUGGCUGAGGAUAUUGGGAUCCAACCAGAUGCUGUGUCCUAUAAUAUACUUAUUGAUGGUUGUAUAUUGGUUGAUGACAGUGCUGGUGCUCUUUCCUUCUUUAAUGAAAUGAGGGAAAAAGGGAUAGCUCCGACAAAGAUUAGUUACACUACUUUGAUGAAAGCUUUUGCAUUGUCUGGUCAACCAAAGUUAGCUCAAAGAGUCUUUGACGAAAUGGUGAACGACUCUCGAGUGAGGGUGGAUUUGAUUGCUUGGAAUAUGUUGGUUGAAGCAUAUAGUAGGCUAGGAUUAGUAGAAGAAGCAAAGAAAGUGAUUCAAAAGAUGAAAGAAAAUGGAUUUCACCCUAAUGUGAGCACAUAUGGAAGUUUUGCAAAUGCAAUUGCAUUGGCAAGAAAACCUGGAGAAGCACUUAUACUUUGGAAUGAAGUGAAGGAGAGGUGUGAGGUAGCUAAAGGAGGAAAAAGUGAUUCUUCUGUUCCACCUUUGAAACCUGAUGAAGGGCUUUUGGAUACACUUGCUGAUAUAUGUCUGAGAGCUGCUUUCUUUAAAAAGACCUUGGAAAUUGUGGCUUGUAUGGAAGAAAAUGGAAUAUCUCCUGACAAGACAAAGUAUACUAGAAUAUACGUGGAAAUGCAUUCAAGAAUGUUUACUAGUAAACAUGCUUCAAAAGCUAGACAAGACAGAAGAGUGGAGAGGAAAAGAGCAGCUGAAGCUUUUAAGUUUUGGUUGGGUUUGCCUAAUUCCUAUUAUGGGAGUGAGUGGAGGUUAGAACCUCUUGAUGGAUAUGAGUGA